AUGAGCGGAAAAGACGGAGUCAUGGAGGAACAAGAAUUGAAGCCCCAGCCUAACUGGCAUGCCAUGACCAAGGCAGAGUGUCUCUCUGAACUUGGUCUUCCCGCCGAGUCCCACCAAACCAAGGGUCUGUCUGCUGAGGAAGCCGCAGCUCGCUUGGAGAAGUAUGGCCGCAACAUGCUUUCCGGAAAGGAGAAGAAGUCUCUCUUGGCGAAGAUCUGGGAACAAGUUGCCAACGUUCUUGUUGGUAUCCUCUUGUUCGUUGCCGCCAUUUCCUUGGUCCGUGUUUUUACUGAUGAUCCAGUUACCAACGGUAUCCAAGUCGGUAUUAUUAUUGGCGUCAUUGUUAUCAACACCACCAUUGGUAUCGUCCAAGAAGGUUCUGCCGAAAAGGCCGCUGAGGCCCUCAAGGCUAUGCUUUCUGCCGAUGCCAUUGUUGUCCGUGGCGGAACUGAAGUCAAGGUCCCAGCCGACGAGAUUGUCCCUGGUGAUAUUGUGAUGCUCUCUCUUGGUGAUCGCGUGCCCGCUGAUCUUCGUAUGCUCACAGUCAGUCAACUGGCUUGUGCUGAGGCCGCUUUGACCGGAGAAUCCGUUCCUAUUGAUAAGACUGUUGAGAAGAUUGAAUCUGAUGAGCCAAAGUCCGUCCCCCUUGGUGACCGUCACAACAUGUGUUUCAGUGCCACUCUUGUCGCACAAGGAUCCGGUGCUGGUCUCAUUGUUGCCACUGGUGAUUUCACCGAGAUUGGAACUAUCAACCAACUUGUGAACAAGGUCGAGGACAAGAAGACUGCUGUCUUGGAACAAAUUGAUACUGUCUCCAAGUGGUUGGCCGUCUUCAUUGUCAUCACUGCCGUUGUCACUUUCCUUGUCUCUUUCUUCACCACCGAUGUUGAUAACCGUGACUGGCUUGAGUCUCUUUCUGUUGCUCUUGUCUGCGCAGUCGCAAUGAUCCCCGAAGGUCUUGAGGCAAUUGUGACUGUUACUUAUGCCUGGGCUGUGAGCAACAUGGCUUCACAAAACGCCAUUAUCCGUGCUCUCCCCGCCGUCGAGACUCUUGGAUCUGUUACCACCAUCUGCUCUGACAAAACCGGAACUCUUACAAAGAACGAAAUGUCCCUUGUUGCCUGGGUCACUUCCAACGCAAGAUACAAGGUCGACACUGACUCUACUGAACGUUCCAACAAGAACUUUAUUCGCGAUGAUGCCUACAUGGCUGAACGUGCUGAUCACACCAAGAUGAUGAAGACCCGCGAUGUCCUCAAGUCCGGACCGGGUGUUUCUACCCACGAUCGUUUCGGAAAGAAGGAGCAAGACUUCCCAUACACCAUGCGUGGAUCUGUCAUUGACAAAAACUUCGCCUCUGAACACGGAAAGAAAGCAGCUAUUGAAGCAGCUAUUGAAGCAGGUGUACCUGCAGCUGUUGACAACCUCCCUGUUGGCGCUGGCGAAUCUCCCGAUCUUUCUUUCUUCCGUCAAGGUCUUGCUGGUGGUGUCCUUUGCUCGAAGUGUACUCUUGGGAAGGAUGGUGGUCGCGAAGGUGAAAUUGGUAACCCAACUGAACUUUCCAUCUUGCGUGCUUCCUACUGGGGUGGUGUUGAGGUCAACCAAAUGAAAGACUCGUCUCCUAUCAUCGCUGAAGUUCCAUUCUCCUCCGAAUAUAAGUUCAUGGCUACCGUUCACGCUCCCGUCGAAGCAAACGAUGGCUCUGGCAAGGAUGACAAGCUUAUCAUCCAUGUCAAGGGUGCCCCUGAUCGUAUGAUUCCUCUCUGUGACAAACAAUUCAAGGCCGGUAUGCUCAGUGAAACCGAAGAAAUCGACCGUGACUACUGGAUUGAACAAAUCGCUAUCCUUUCUUCCCAUGGUCUUCGUUGUCUUGCUCUUCUUCGUGGAGAACUUGAUAAGAGUGCUGUUAGCGAAGGUGAUCAACUUGGCCCCGAAUUCGUUCAAGACAAGGGACAAUGGCUUACGAUUGUUGGAGUUUGUGCUAUCAUGGACCCCCCUCGCCCAGAGUGUGUUGACGCUGUCUCCGAAGCUAAGGGUGCUGGUGUUCGUGUUGCUAUGAUUACUGGUGACCACAAGGAUACUGCUCUUGCCAUUGGUCUCAUGCUUGGACUUGUCGACGAGAAGUAUAGCUCUGCUAUCACUGGACCUGAACUCGAUGCCAUGGGCGACGAAGAAAUCAAGGGUGCUGUUCAAAAGUACAACGUUUUCGCUCGGGCGUCCCCUCAAAACAAGAUUCGUAUUGUCAAGGCUCUUCAAUCUCAAGGAGAAGUUUGUGGUAUGACUGGUGAUGGUGUCAACGAUGCCCCUGCCUUGAAGGCUGCUGAUAUGGGAGUUGCCAUGGGUAAAGAAGGAACCGAUGUCGCUCGCGAAGCUUCCAAGAUGAUUCUCGCUGAUGAUAACUUCGCAACCAUUAUUGUUGCCGUCCGUGAAGGUCGUGUUGUCUGGGAUAACUUGCGAAAGGUACUUCUUGUCAACACUCCUAUCAACAACGCCCAAGGGCUGUCUGUUCUUUUCGGUCUUAUCUGCGGUCUUCCCGAUACUCCUUUGACCGCCAUUCAAGUGCUUUACUGUAACUUGAUCUGUGCUGUCACACUUGGAUUCGUUACCGCUGUUGAACCUGCUGAAGAUGGUAUCAUGGACCAACCACCGCGACGUGUCGGAAAGCGCUUGAUCGGAAGAUACUUGUUCUUGCGCAUCGCUCUUGGAACUGUCACUUUGGUUGCCUGUACCGUUGGAUCUACUUUCUGGGCUCGCAGUUUGUACCUCGAUGGUAACUCCGAGACUUCUGACUACUACUACGAUGAAGUCCUUCCUUUGAUGAGAUCUCAAGCUUCCAACACUCUAACUUUCGGUGCCUGCGCUAUCACAAUGAGUGCUCGUUUCUCCUACAACAGUGCCUUUGGAACUCGAUCUUUGUAUGGUAACAAGUUUGCGUGGUACUCUCUUGCCAUUGUUGGGGUCUUGCAAGUUGCUAUUACAUACAUUCCUGGAUUGAACGAUGUCAUCUUCGGCAUGGGUCCAAUGAAGGGAGAGCAAUGGGGAAUUGCGGCCCUCUUCUCUUUCGUCGUCUUCGUUGUGAUGGAGUUGGAGAAGGGUGUCCGUAGAGCUCUGAAGGCUAAGGGAACUGAUGUUGGUGACAGUGAGUACGGAUUCUUUGACACCGAACCAAAGCCAAGCCAAGACAUCUCUCUUCCAAAGGGAGCUUCCCACCUCAACCUCACGACCGUCAAAAACUAA